GAGCAAGGAGCCCGAUGCGGGACUCGAUCCCAGAACUCUGGGAUCAUGACCUGAGCCGAAGGCAGACGCCCAACCGACUGAGCCACCCAGGCGCCCCGUGACUAUUGUUCUAAAUUCUUGUUCAGAAUUUUGAGCAAAUCCCUGGCUGUGAUUUCUUCCUGAUCUUUCUUUUGGGGAGAAUUCCCUAGUCUUGUCAUAUGUCUAGGUUUCUGUCUUUUGUGUAUUAUGAAAGCUUGAUAUGUUUCCUGCUCCUCAGAGUAAUACCAUAUUAAGAAGAGGUCAUGUACUGUUCAGGGGCUGGCACUUCAGGAAGUGUUUCCAGUGUGCUCUGCUGUUCUGUUUUGGCUGCUCUUUCCCACAGAUCAGUCCUCUGCAGAGUUCCUCCUUGUUUGGCGGGGGGUGGGGUGAUGAGGUGGGGGGUGUUUGGACCUUUAACUAGAUGUACUUUGAUUUGUUUAUUAAUAUAAACCUGAAAAAGGAAAAAAGCCCUAACUGGAGAAAAGGAACAAGAAAGCAAACAAACAGACAAACAAAAAACUAUAAGCCUGAUUCCAAAGAAUAAUAAGGAAAAAAGAAAAGAAAUAGAAAAAAAAAAAAAGCCUGAUCCAAGAAAAGGAAACAAACAAUCCAACAAACAAACAAAAACCUAUAAGCCUGAUGCUAAACAAAAAAGGAAGAAAAAGAAGAAAAAAACAAAAUAAAAAUAUAAAAAAUAAAAUUGAAAAAAAAAAAAAAGCCUGGUCCUAUUUCCACCAGAACUGAGGCUGACGCUUUUUGAACACUCUGUGAUGGGUAGAAUUGCUACGUGCAAGGGGCCUGUGUUGGUCUGAGGGAGAGGUCUGCUGUGCUGGCUCACAAUCAGACCUGCCCUUGUAAAGAUGCCCUUGUGGGGUGCAGGGGGACAAGGUUUGGUGAAAUCAACUCCAGCCUCCAUUGGAGGUGCUAUGUUUCUCUCUCAAGUCUAACUGUGCUGGGAUGUGGGGAGUGGUGGAAGAUGACAUCAUCACCCCAGCCCUCUCCUCCCGGGGAGUGAAAGGGAAUUUGCUGCCCCCCCUCCACCCCCAUUCAGGAGGCCCUCACAGAAAAGCAGUCUCCUCUCCUGUGUCCCAGGCUUUUGUCAGAUCCCUGCCCUUAAUCUGUCUGUGCCCGGCCAUUGGCAUGCCCAGCACCACAGUUCUGUUUUACCUCUGGUGACUGGCUGGGAUUCAAAAUUCCAAAUCUGGGGCACCUGGGUGGCUCAAUCGUUUAAGCAUCUGACUCUUAAUCUUGGCUCAGAUCUUGAUUUCAGGGUCAUGAGUUCAAGCCCCACCUUGGGCUCCGUGCUGGGUGUGGAGCCUACAUUAAAAAGAAGGAAGAAGAAAGAAAAACUCCAAAUCCUAAAGGGCACAGCAAAGCAUGGACCUGAUCCCUUCCUCCUGAGGAGGGCUUCACUGUGCACCGGGCACUGUUCUGUCCCAGAAAAGCAGUCACAGGGCUGCACUUGGUGGCUGGAGUCUAUUGUGACAUGCAGCGGAAAAACUGCAACCAGGUUAUCUGCUCUCUGCCUGCACCUCUGUCUUGUGCUGUUGAACGGUCACUCAAUGGCUCCCGGCAGUCCUUUUGUCCUUGGAGAGGCAAAGUACCCUCUUCCAAAUGUACUCCAGGAAGGGGAGUAAUCUCUCCCAGUGUGACCCAGGGGAUCCCCUCACCACAGUGUAUUGUGCGAACCCUGUGCACUGCUCUCUCUCCUGCUCUCUCUUUUCUCCCCAACUUUGCUCUGUGAAAAGGGGUCCCUCCCCUUCACGGCACUGCGGCUUUUCUCUCCCCCAGUUCACAGCUCUGAACCUCACAUCUGCCAUGCUCUCUCCCUCCAAUCAUGCAGAUUGUUUUCUUAAUCCUCAGAUUGAUUUCAUAGUUGUUCAAAAUGAUUUGAUUUUGAUCUACCUAUGUUUGAGGGACCAGGCAAGCUCAGGGUCCCCCUACUGUAACUCCACCAUCUUAACUCCUGUGUUUGACAUAAUGUGACCAACAACCUCUACUAGUAAAUGCUACUAACCAGGGAAGGAGAUGAAGCUUGUCUGGUCAGGCCUCUUGCUUGUUGUGUUCUAUGUGGACUCCCUCCUAGAGUAAAUACAUCAACUUAAAAGAUGUAGAGGAUUACAAUGAAAAAAGAAAUUGUAGUAUACAGGCUGCAAACAUAUGCAAGCAGCAUUGUGAAAAUAAUGUAUCAAGAGCAGAAGUCAUGUAUUUAGAGAUCCAAAGACUAGAGAAAUUGUACCAAGUAUUAACAAAGUAAAGCAUAAAGUUCUAAGAAAGAGGGAAAUAACUCCAGAGAUACAAAAACAGAGGAUGAGUUGAUGAGAAUUCUCAGAAUGUACUUGAGGGGAAAAGAUACUUUUGAAAUAGGAAAUGAAAUAAAAGCAGCAAAAUAAAUGAACAAAAAUGUUUAAGCAGUCCCAGGUGUUGAUUGUGUUAUGUGUGCAUUAGUCAUACUGUUUCCCACCAACAGAUAGAUGUAUAGGACCAUAGAUGCACAGGGUUUGUUUUUUUUUUUUCAUGAUUCUAUGGAAAUAAAAGUUGAAAAUAAUCAAAGAACAGCAGUGAAAGAAAAAAUUCUGUGCAUAUCCACUUCCUUUGUAUUCCCCCUGGCUUGAUGAAGGAGCCCACCUGGGCUAGGUUCUGAGCUAGGACUUCUGUUCUCCUAGCCCCUGGAGACUUGCCCAUGUCAGCAGAUGCCUCACCAUAAAAGGAGCUUCACUGUUUCACUCCUGAGUACCUCCGAGUUCUUAUUUUCUCUUAGAAUUUGAUCAGGACAAAACAUGUUCAUCCAUGAGCUCGGAUUUCCCACAUUACAACUUCAGGAUGCCUAAUAUUGGAUUCCAGAAUCUGCCUCUCAACAUAUAUAUUGUGGUUUUUGGCACUGCUAUAUUUGUCUUCAUCCUUAGUUUACUCUUCUGUUGCUACUUGAUUAGGCUAAGACAUCAAGCACACAAAGAAUUUUAUGCCUACAAACAGGUUAUAUUAAAAGAGAAAGUUAAAGAACUGAAUUUACAUGAACUCUGUGCAGUGUGUCUAGAAGACUUCAAGCCUCGAGAUGAGUUGGGCAUUUGUCCAUGUAAGCAUGCCUUCCACAGAAAGUGCCUUAUUAAGUGGCUGGAGGUUCGGAAGGUGUGUCCGCUGUGCAACAUGCCAGUUCUGCAGCUCGCGCAGCUGCACAGUAAGCAGGACCGUGGACCCCCACAGGGGCCCCUGCCCGGGGCAGAGAACAUUGUAUAGCUCCCCCAAGGAUCAAACUGCUGCGGGAUCCGACGUCCACGUGGAGCCAGGAGGAACACAAGCGGUCUCUGUGUUGGCUGCUCUACCGGGGGCACCAGCUGCCACUUCCUUUGCCUCAUGAAGAACUCGGGCCAGCUAAGCUGGAAACCCAGACUUCUGGGUCUUGUGACAACCAAAGCACGCUGCCACUACCCCAUGCCAAGAGAAGAGGAGUGGAUGACAGAUGAGCCUUCCGGUUAUGUUCAAGAAAUUUCAUGAGGGUCUCUUGCUGAUGCCAUCACUCUGUCUCCCAGAUACUUAUCUCCGUAUCAAGGUGAAUCUUUAUCAAGCAGAAGGGAAGAUAAACAGAACUGUUAGAGAAGGGAACUGAGGGCAGGUCUUUAAAGCCCCCCCCGCCCCCCACCCUGUGGACAGAUGAGCUUCUAUGCAGACGGUGCAUGCCUUUGCAGCAGCAGACCCUCCCGGCAGCCCGAGCCAAGUAAAACCAGCCGUUACCUCAGCUGAAGCACGACUGCUUGCCAGUGAUUGGUGAGGCAGUGCCAGCAAGGCUUUUCACAGUAUGUUCCUUUGGUAAGGUCAUCUUGGAACCCAAGGGCUUUGGUUACCACAGAGCAGCAGUGCCCCUUGCCACCCCUUCUCCCUCAAGUUCACGACACUUGCUUAUCAUAUCAUCUAAAAACAUUAGAUGCGCUUGGAAAGGCCUGGUCAGAAGCCAUUUCCUCUUAUUUACCCCCUGACUCCCCAGUGAGGCCCGGCCAAGCUGCCCAUCAGGAGCCUGAGCCAGGGGCGGGCCUCUGAGCCCAUGCUGUUCCUGUGUGACCCACGGGACCUCAGGGUGCUGCCCGCACCCCCGCGUGCACUGUGCUUCCAGCACAGCUGCUAGUCUCAGCCCACUGCCUUGGUAAGGAGCUGCUGUGAGCCCCUCAGAUGGCUCCCAAGGGGGGCUCCUUCCUGGGAACGGCCAGUCCUCCAGGCCCCGCUGAGAUGAGAGGAUGCUGACCCCUUCCUCUCCCCCCUCCUUCCCUGUUCUCUUCCCUCUGACCCUGUUUCUACUUAAGAGAAAAUGCCUGUCGUUGACGUUUUAACAAUUUAAAGCAUCUCAAAUAAGAUCCUUAUGUAAUUAUGUAAUUCUGAAGCCGGGGAUCCACUUGAAAUUGUAAGUAGUGUCAGGAAGCCACUGCAGGGCUCUUCACCCGCUGGUGUGUGCCUCACUCUUCAGACUUAAGUAACUGAAAAUGUCUUUAUAGGAGAGAAAUGCAUGCUGCUCUUUAGCUCUUCUGUCCAACUUUUCUAGAAAUGACGCCAUCCAUUUGGGUUCAUGAAUACUGUACAAAUUAGCUAUCUGAAGUGGCUUUGGGUCAGAUAGAAAGUUCUUUUCCACAGCCCUCCUUCUGUCAUAGGGUGGACUCCUUGUCAACAGCUCUGCCUCAUUCCACAGGUGUGAGGGGGACAGUUUCUCAUUGGAAAUGUGGUCCGCAUGGAGAGCGGAUGGAGGAAGCUUUGCCACUCUGUUCACAGCAUGUCUCCAGGGAUUUUUUUCUGGAAUCUAGCCUCUACCAUCUUAGAAUGGGAGAGGGAACCUGUCCUUGGCUCAGGUGGCUGAGGCCAGAGGAGGAGGAAAAUUCCCACUAGCCGAGGAAGGUGCUGGGCAGAAUCCAGCUUGGAAAAUUACACAUCCAGUUGGUCAGAAUUGGCUGUUUCCUCCGUGUGACCUAUUCAUGGCACGCCAACUGGCUGCUGCUUAAACAGGGCAAGGAAGUGUGGGAUAUUUUUAUAUGAAAGCCUUAGCCUGUUGGGCAUCCUUGAAAAGGACUUUUCGUGCAUUCCUCCUCUCGUCGUUUCUGCGUUCUGUAUCGGUAGCACAGUGGAGCGGAAUGCUGCAAAGCACCCCGUUUACAGUGAAAGGUUUCCAGUGACCAGUGUCAGAAGCAAGCCUGGACUAGCCUCAUUAGUGGCCAACACCCACCAUUUCCCAUGGAGUGGCCUUGGGACAAAUCUCACCUUGUCAUUGCGGGGUUCAAACAGGAAAGAGAAUUUUUCCCCUCAGAGGAAUUCUCGUGCUCUAAACCGCAAAUGAUUUCAGCUCACAGCUUCAAGCAGGAUUCUAACUGAUCAGCUGCGGCGUUUUUCUGUCCCUGUGCGUCAGUAUGAGGAGACCAACCCCACAAGUCCCUGUAUGGGCAGGGAGGUAGAGGAGUUCGUUUCCUGUAUUACAGGAAGCGCAGGUUGACAGGGUGGGUGCGUAGCUCCGGCCGUUAGAGGAAAGCUCAAGAAUGCUGUGCGCUCUCCACCGGGCUCCAACCCGCACGAGGUACCGCCAACGUGACCUCGACACCCGUGAGUGCAGAGGGCUUGGUAAACACAGCUCUUCUGCCAGGGUGGGGCUGGGCAGGGGGCGGGAAACGUGUUCCCUCUGCUCGAGCUCCUCUCAUUUCUUGGCUCCUGUCUCACUGCAGCUUGGCCAGGGCCACGCACAGUAGUUCCUGCGACUCUCAGCAACACACCCUGAAUGGACUUGCUCCCCGCGUCCAGGUCCUCCUCCAGCACUCUCUGCUGUGCUGCCGUGCCUGCCCGCGGCCUGCGCUUCACUCACAUCUUCCUUGAAUUCUGGUUAAAACAGCUUUCUGUGGACAAGGUUACAUCUCCAUCUGGAGCCUUUUUAAAGAAUGAGUUAAGGAUCCCCUAAUAAUCUUGGCACAGGCUUAUACCUUAGAGUGAGGCCACUUUGGCCACAUCUGUCUUUUGUUGGUGAGUUGGUGGUGACCUUUUGUUAAUCUGUAGACACACAGGGUCUUUGGUCUGUCUGCUUUGGGGCCACUGGCUGGUGACAUGGCGGUUUUUUACUUUCUCUUAAUGUGUCUUAAGCAGCUCAAAGAUUGGAUGUUAUUUGUAUGCUGUGGGUUCAAAGAACGUAACUCAGCCCCAACUGAACUCCAUGGGUGGCUGCAUCAUUAUCUAGUUACUGCUAGGGUUACAGCUGACUACAGCUGGCUUUAGAAGCAGGAAACAGGGAACAAAACCAGCCUGACUUGAUUCCUGAAUGAGUAGGCAUAAGAUACUGUCCUCUGCUGCUUUCCUUUGCCAAAGUGUGAUUUGGUUGGGCCUGUCCCUAGCAGGUAAGGUCCUUCUAGUCUGUGCCCACCGAGGCAGGGAAAGGACAAGAACAAAAUGGCCAGAUGGGAGCAGAUGGCCCAUGGGAAGUCUGGCGGGGGAAGAAUACAGGGAACAUCCCAUCAUUGCCAGUUAGCUUGUUCUUGACGUCUUGACAAAUGCAGAUCCUUUUCCCCAGUGCCAAGUCCCUUGGGCCCAUCAGAAGAAUGAUUUGCCCCUUUCCACAGCCCCACUUCAAAGCCUGUCACCUCCAUGGCCUGGUCCUGCUCUGCUAAGCUAUUCUGAACAACUGUAGUAAUUUUCUGAAAGGCUGAGAAUUACAAAAUGAAUACAGGGAGGCAUCCCUAGAGCUCUGGACAGAAAAAGUGCUCAGAGUGAUUUGAAAUCACCCCUUGCCAUUCACCAGCCAUGUGUCUUUAUGCAACUUAGCCUCUCAAAGCUCGUUCCCUUAUCUACCACCUAAGAACCGUAGUAACAUCUUUGCUGGUUCUUGUGCGGACCAGCCACGUCCAAAGCCUGGUGGGCAGUAGACCUGGGGUCAUGGAAGCUCCUGAUUAUAGGCAGCAUCAUUAUGCAGGUAACGUGGGGCUCCUGUGUAGUCCAGGUAAGCAACAAAACCUCAGCAGGAGCCUCCUGAGGGACAGGGGCUCCCCCUGGGGUCUGGGUUUGCCUGGGUCCCUUCCUUUGCCUCAUGAUCUUCCCUAGUCACUUCCAUGUAGCUUUGCCCAUUGUGCUCCCUGAGUGCUAUUCCUUAAGUUUUUGAGUAGGUAAUCCCUUCGUGUAGUUCAAGUCUUCCUUGCAUUCCUGACCUGGCAAGGCCAACUUUAUCAGCCCUUGAACUCCCACUCUUAGUUUGUUCCAGGUAGAUCCUUCCAGAGACCAUUUAUGCAUACACAGAUAAAUACGCACGUGUAUGUAUACACGUGUGCUUGUGUGUCUACAUAAUUUUUUUUUUUUUUUUAACUUAUACCAGACAAGUAUAUCCAAGGAGCAUUCCUAUUCAUGGGGGAAGAGCCAUCCCAGAAGGCAGAGUAUCUGUAAAAGGGGAGCCCAUAAUUGAGGGAUGUCUUUGCAGUCACAUUCCUUUUUGAAUAAGGCAUUAUUUUUUUAUUGAUUGCAGCAUACUGGAAUUCUAGUUUUCCAUACAAAGCAGAAACAGCAAUCCCUCCGUGGCCCUUACCACACAGAUGCUCAGAUAAUAUGCAAGCACAACCAGUUUCCAGACUGUCUUUCUGGCCUGUGAUGGACACUGAAGAGCAGGUUCUGCUCUGUUGCUGACAGCAGCAAUGCAGGCCUCUGGUCCAGGUCCAGCAGCCUUUGCAGGGCCUGGACAAGCUGCCCCCGCCCCCACCAAACCCCAUCUGACGGGGUGAUGUCUGGCUACAACUGCCAUGAUUUCUUAGGCGAGCUCCUGUGUUUCUUGAGGCAGGGAUUUGAGAAGCAGCAGCAACUGAAGCCUGAGGCAGCCUUGGCGGGUGGGGGGCGAUGUCUCAGAUGAUGCUAAGCAGGUAGAUGGGCCGUCUCCUCCAAAUUAACCAUAGAUACACACACUUCAGUGUCUGCGCUCUGCUCCCUUUCCCACCCCACUUUAUGCACACAUUAAAAAGAAAAUGCUUCCCACAGAAUCUUCUCCAUUUGACAAUAGAAAUUACUCCACCAGUCAUCUUUUCUUUAAAGAAAAAAAAAAGUCUUAAGUCCAUUUUUGCCCCUGCAGGAGAUAUAGUUGCUUCCUCCAGGCAGCUCUGCGGGGAGGGGCGUGGACUCCUGCCUCGGUCCUUGCCAACUUCCCUGGCGUCCUGCCUUCCCUUGGAUUAAAAGUGCAGCUUGGGCCCCUAACCUGAAACUUGAAAGGAAUUGUAUGUGAAAAGCCACUUUCUGUUACUUGAGUAUCUCGUUCUGGGUUAGAAUGUCUUCCGCAUUGGCCAUUACGAAUUUUAAGUAAAAGAGAUGAACGUGUCUCAAUUCACAAUGUCUAAAUUCUGGUGAAAUCUGCAGUUCAAAUCUAUCUUUAGUAGAUAAGAUGAACGGAAGAUCCCAUAUGCCAUGGAAUGUGCUUCCGUUUGAGUGAGAACAACAGGAGAAAAACGGGGCUCAUACAGUUUGUUCCCCUUUAGAGCCCAACUUGUUGCAAGAUGCAAAUAGUUUUGUUCCACUUCUAGACCAAGCAUCGCACCCUUGGCUUACCAAUCUAGUGCUCACUUUUGUGGCUCUCGGGUCAGGGAGAACACCCACCCUGCUUCAGGGACAUGGACCUCGAAUGUGGUCCCCACCAGUGUCAAGGGACCUGUCUGUAGUUUGAUGAAGCUCCUCUCCACUCGCUGUGCCAGUACAAGCCUGGGGGACCUGUGUCUAGGGCCAGCUGCACUGUCCUUCCAUGUGCCCCUUCCCUCGCAGGCCCUGCCAGAGCAGGCAGGGCCAAGAUUAGGGAAGUCUCUCCUGGUGAGGGCCUGGUCUUCCAAGAGUGUUCCUGAUACUGUCGUCUCUGCGUUUCUUGACAUCAUUGCCAGGAAUGGGGUAGUUUAAAUCCUGUAGUUUAUUUAGCCCCCUGGGUUUUCUUCACUAGAUCUUGUAUAACUCCCUCAAAAAAAAGGUUUAUGAAAUGCUGAGCCUCAGGUUUCAUAGACAUGUUUGUACACUAAGAAUUCUGCAGCAGAAUAUUUUUAAACAUUCGCAGUUUUUUGUAAGCUAUAUUUUUGUAUAUUUAAUUGCUAUUUUAAAAUUUUAAUGCAUUUUGGGCUAAUUACUCCUGUUUUAAAAACAAAACAUGCAUGUAAUUGAAGUAAACAAAUGUAAAUAAAAAAGGUUUUGAAAAUA